CUACAACUGGCAGUUUGGUGACAGCUUGUGAACCUCUGCAGCUGGGCCACACUUUAAAACUUGAUUUCUCUGUGUCAAACACCAAUUUUCCGGCUAUUUCUGCGCCUAAAAAUAAGAUAUUUUUUUUGCAAAAAAAGAUAUCUUGCAUCGAUCGCAUUGACCCGGGCAAGACUUGUGACACGCGAAGUGUAAGGGCCAUGGCCUUCCUCGGGAGCACAUUGCGGCGGAUGGUGACGGCAGUGCGGCCUCCACGCUCUCCCUUGUGCCGGACACCUGCUCGCUCCUGCAGCUCUGAGCCCACCAAAGAAAAAAGUGUCCCCUAUGAGAAGACACUCAAACAGAACGAUAGAGCCUCCUCUGGACCCACUAAACCUUUACCUAGAUCAGCAGAUGCGGUGGUGAUCGGAGGAGGCAGUCUGGGCUGUCAGACCAUCUACCACUUGGCUAAAAUGGGGAUGACCAAUGUAGUUCUGCUGGAGAGAGACAGACUUACUGCCGGCACCACCUGGCACACUGCAGGCCUGCUGUGGCAGCUGCGGCCCAGUGAUGUCGAGGUCGAGCUCUUGGCUCACACGAGAAAUGUGAUCAGCAAAGACCUGGAGGAGGAGACGGGUCUCCACACAGGCUGGAUCCAAAAUGGAGGACUCUUCAUCGCCUCCAACAAGCAGAGGCUGGACGAGUACAAGCGCCUCAUGUCGCUGGGUAAAGUUUAUGGUAUCGAGUCUCAUGUCCUGUCACCUGCUGAGACCAAGGACCUGUAUCCUCUGAUGAACGUCGAUGAUCUGUAUGGAACCCUGUAUGUACCUAAAGAUGGCACCAUGGACCCAGCCGGCACAUGCACCACCUUGACCAGAGCUGCAUCCGCCCGGGGAGCCACGGUGAUCGAGAACUGCCCCGUGACUGGUAUCCAAGUACGCGCAGAUGACCUGGGAAUAAAGAGAGUGAAGGCAGUGGAGACCGCCCAUGGGACCAUUGAGACGCCCUGUGUGGUGAACUGUGCAGGUGUGUGGGCCACCAAGCUGGGUGAUAUGGCCGGAGUCAAGGUGCCGCUUAUCGCCAUGCAUCAUGCUUAUGUGGUGACAGAGAGAAUUGAAGGUAUACAGAACAUGCCAAACGUCAGGGACCACGACGCAUCUGUGUACCUGCGUCUCCAAGGUGACGCUCUGUCCGUGGGAGGCUACGAAGCCAACCCCAUCUUCUGGGAUGAGGUGUCUGAUAAGUUUGCCUUCAGCCUGUUCGAUCUGGACUGGGAUGUAUUCACGCAACAUAUUGAGGGUGCAAUCAACAGAGUUCCAGGUCUUGAGCAGACCGGCAUCAAAUCCACUGUCUGUGGACCAGAAUCGUUCACAGCAGACCAUAAGCCGCUAAUGGGAGAAGCGCCAGAGGUCAGAGGUUUCUUCCUUGGCUGUGGCUUCAACAGCGCUGGUAUGAUGCUGGGAGGUGGUUGUGGCAGAGAGCUGGCUCACUGGAUCAUACAUGGCCGCCCUGAGAAGGACAUGUACGGCUAUGACAUCAGGCGUUUCCACAACUCGCUUACAGACAACCAGCGCUGGAUCAGAGAGAGAAGCCACGAAUCCUACGCCAAAAACUACUCCGUGGUGUUCCCCUUUGAUGAGCCGCUGGCCAGCCGAAACAUGAGGAAGGACCCCUUCCAUCAGGUGUUGACGGAGCAGGGCUGCGUGUUCCAGGAGAGACACGGCUGGGAAAGACCUGGCUGGUUCAACAAAGACGCGCCUGCUCCUGUUAAAGACUAUGAUUAUUAUGGAGCUUAUGAUAACAAGAGGAACGUGAACUACAAAUACAAUGAACUGCUGGGCAAAGAGUACACCUUUGACUUCCCUCCACAUCAUGACGUGAUUAAGAGCGAGUGCCUCUCAUGUAGACACGGCGUGGCUGUGUUUGACAUGUCCUACUUUGGAAAGUUCUAUCUCUCCGGACCAGAUGCCAAGAAGGCGGCUGAUUGGCUGUUUACCGCUGAUGUCAACAAGAAGCCAGGCUCCACUGUGUAUACCUGCAUGCUGAAUAAGAGAGGAGGGGCGGAGGCUGACCUGACAGUAAGCAGGCUGGAGGCCGGCGCUGCCAACCUGCCACUGGCACCGGAGUCUAAUGGUGACGUGUACUACCUGGCCAUCGGAGGAGGUGUAGCCGAACACAACUGGAACCACAUCAGAACCGUUCUUCAGGAUCAAGGCUUUCACUGCCGGCUGACGGACCACUCUGAGGACAUGGGGAUGAUCAGCAUCCAGGGACCCAAGAGCCGGGAGGUCCUUCAGGAGGUGUUGGACACAGACCUGAGCAACGAUGCUUUCCCCUUCUCCACCCACAAAGUCGUCAAGGCAGCAGGGCAUUGGGUGCGAGCCAUGCGUCUGUCAUUUGUUGGAGAGCUCGGCUGGGAGCUGCACAUUCCCAAAGACUCCUGUCUUCCUGUCUACCACGCCGUCAUGGCCGCCGGUGCAAAGCACAGCAUCAUCAACUCAGGCUACAGAGCCAUCGACUCGCUCAGCAUAGAGAAAGGCUACAGACAUUGGCACGCUGACCUUCGCCCUGAUGACACACCCCUGGAGUCAGGAUUAGCCUUCACCUGCAAACUGAAGAGUUCAAUCCCCUUCCAGGGCCGUGAUAGGCUGGAGAAACAGAAGGAGGAGGGGCUAAGGAGACGCAUCGUCUGCUUCACCAUUGACGAGAAAAUCCCUAUGUUCGGUCUGGAGGCCAUAUUCCGUAAUGGUGUUCCCGUUGGUCACCUGCGGCGUUCUGACUAUGGCUUCUUUAUCGACAAAACUAUCGGCUAUGGAUACAUCCGCAGCCCAGAUGGAGGAGUGGUGAGUGCUGACUUCAUAAAGAGCGGCGACUUUACACUGGAGAGGAUGGGAGAGACGUACAAGGCCAAGGCCCACCUCAGAUCACCCUUCGACCCUGAGAAUAAACGCGUCAAGGGCAUCUAUGCUUAAGAAGGACCACACAUCUGAAAAACCGAUGAGAAAACAUGCUGCUGUUGGAGAUCUGAGGCUGAGAGAGGUGCUACUUAUUAACAUGCUGAUGCAUCAGUCUUAAUUUGUACCUCUCUGUGAAAUGCUGGGUAACUGGAGUAGUAAUAAUUCUGUUCAUUAAAAUUGUGUAAUUUGUAUCUUUAAUUAGCUUUGUAUCGGUAAUAUCUGUAACAAGAUAUUAAAGAGGAGCUGCCAUAAAUCUAACAAGGGUGGGGCAUGUUAGCUGUAGGGUCCCAUGAGGUGAAGGGCCUCUACUUAAGAGCCUGUGCUUAAAGUGAAAGUGAAAAGUGUUUACAUUUCUCGUUGGGAGUCAUAUGAAGUGAUG